AUGCCGAGCUACGCCACGGCGUUGGAGCAACUGGUGAAAGCUCGUGGAGACAUCUUUGCUCUGAGGCAUCUGCUUUGCCGGAUUGGCUUCUCCUCCAACCUACAUCACGCCUCUCGGACCGACGAUAGGCUCCUGUACCCUCGGAUCCGGCCAUAUAUAUCAAUCGUGAGCAGCCGCAAGCACGUUCCUGACGCAAAAGCGAUCUUGCUUUCCGAGAAACUCGGCAGUGGCAUCCGCGGCAUUGAGAAGGCUCUGACCGCUGGCGUCCGUGAAGCGGUAGGGAAGGGCGUAGAGGCCACAGUGGCGCUAGACCACUACCAUCGCCACGAAAACUGCCAACCAAGGUUGGUCGACGUUAUGAUCACAGCAAACGAGGCGCAGCGAUCGUUUCUGGAACUCAACUCGAAAGGGGGUUUUGGUCGGGAGCAACUGGUACAUAGCUGCGUCGUCUGGGCUCAUUGUGACAUGGCCCUUUUUCAGAUGCCGAGGUGUACCAAGAUAAAGCCGCGCCUAGCUCGAGAGUUGAGGCAAUAUUCGGAAGAAGCUCAACAGAAGCAGGCCAUAACAGAAGAAGGCAAAGAUUCGAUCUCCGACAUGGUUCUGUGGGUGUUGGUCAUGGGCGGAAUUGCUGCAGCCUUCACCGAACACCGGCAUUGGUUCCAAACCAGAUUGAGAAGAAGGAUCAAAUCCGACGCGAGGUUGAAGUCGGGAAUGUGGGCAGAGUUCAAGUGGCACGUUUCCAAGUUUCUUUGGUGA